UCGCGACAAACAAUUAUUUUCAUUCUUAUAUCUAAGCUAAUAUAAGUCAAUUUACACAUUAAUUUACAUGUCUUUCUACCAGCUUUAGGUUUCAGAUAUGAAGCAAGUGCAUCGUUGGCUUUGCAGCAUCACAUAGCGUUCCUCCUUUCCGAAGACAUCUUUUUCUAUGUUUGGAAUCUGAGAGCAUUUGCUCUUUCCAGCAUCGACAGAAUAGCAUAUGAUUCUUACUGCAUGAAGCAGCAAGAGGCAGUCACUCCCGUCUUAAGUGCUCAUCCGGUAGGCAUCGAAUCACCUCGUCAGCAAGCAAGGAAACAAAGCUUUGCCUCCUGCAGCGCCGGUUCAAGUCGAAGUCUCGCCCCACCGUCUUCUGUUUCUGGUGAUUAAGCUCCUCGACCAUGGCGAGAUUCAGCGUCGAAGUCUGCUUGAUCUCUGCUCGUGGCCUCCACCGCUCGUCGUCGUUCCUGAAGCCCCAGUGGUUCGCGGUCGGGUGGAUAGAUCCCAACUCCAAGUACUGCACCAAAGUGGACAGUUCUGGGAGCACCAAUCCCACCUGGAAAACCAAGUUUUCUGCAACCAUCGAUGAGGCGACCUCCAGCUUGCAGGCGCUGGCCUUGACGGUGGAAGUCUACAAGAGAGAACCCAUCUUCCUGAGGGAGAAGCUUCAAGGUACUGCAGUGAUUCCGCUGAAGGAAUUCCUCGUCAAGUUUCUGAACGCUGCCGAGCCGUCGAGAGGUGGGAUGAAGGAGAGCGGAAGCUUCCAGCUGCGCAAGCGGAAUUCCACUAAGCCUCAUGGAUUCAUCGACGUCUCCAUCCACAUCUCUGACAACACCCACCAAUCCACGUCUCGCCAAGCAACGGACGAAGGGUUUAGGUACUCAGGCAACGAGGAAGGAAUCACGUUAGCCAUAGAAGACGGUCCAGUGAUAUCUUUCCCAUCGUGUUCACAACCACCAUCCCUUGGCGACGUCCACGGAGACUUCGCCAGGCACAGCCAUCCUUGCAGCCUACCGAGACCACCAGCACACCCCUCCGCGAACUACCACAACACAUUGGAGCCAGGUACAGGAUACCACAGAACUCCUACGCAGCCGCCGCCGCCACCGCCGCCGCCUUCAAACACUGGCUUCCUGCCGUCGCUGUUCCCGGGGACAGGCCCGCUGCCGGAGACUUACGUGAACCCCCCACCGUCGUCGGGGCCGGCGAGACAUGGCGGCACACCAGGAUUCGGUAUGGGGCUCGGAGCUGGAGCCUUGGCUGCCGGGGCCGUCAUAUUUGGUGACGACUUCAUGGCGGGUUCCAGCUUCCCGGCCGGCCUCGACGGCGGCAGCCUGACCGUAUCAGCCGAUCCUCUUCUCUAAGUCGCCCAGAUGCAACCGUGAACCGUGUUCCAAACUGGUCAUUGGGCUUUGUGGAUUCUACUCUAUAUGAUCAUAAGAGCUUCUUAUAAUAUUACGUAAUUAAUUGAAAAAGAUUAUAAUUUUUUUUAUACUUAUUAGGAUUGA